AGCAGCAGCAGCAGCAGCGGCGGAACAGCGGCCGAUUAUUCUCUCAUUAAACAGCGAAUUUAGCCACAACUCUCGGCUCCUCUCUCACACACACGCCGCUCCGGACCCGCCGAGGCCCUGCGCUGGCUGAUCCGGGACGUGGUGGGCGCGGAUCGGGGGGUUUUCGGCGAGAUUUGGGAGGCGGAGUGUUGUGUGGUGAUCUGACAGACUGAGGAACAUCAGAGAGACGCGAGCGCGAGCGGGCGCGUGAGGAGGAACCGAGGCCGCGCGCGCUGCUCCUCACACUCAUUUAAGCGCCAAACCAACCGUCUCUCAGCGAUAUCUGGCUCGAUUAACCGCUAAUCACACUCAGUAUCGCGGUAUCGGUAUGAAAUGUCCGGCCUCGGUGGAGUAACGGCGGCGUGCGGGGCUUUACGCGGCGUUCAUGUGCAGCUGGAAUGCUGAGGGAUUCUGUUCUCCUGCUGUAAGGGUGGAGUAAACCAAAACAGGGCCAAACAUGGACCAAAGCAGGGCCUGAACCGGGACUCGACCUUAUAACCAUCUCACCGUGGAACUAUGGAGCAUGUCUGAUCUACACACAGUCUGAUCUGAUGUGAAAGAGGCAGAGGAAAUCGGUUUCCUGGUCUGGGCUGGUGGGGGGAACCACAGGAAAGUAGUUCAUCUUCUUCAUUAGAACUGUUAGUAUCAUUCAUGCAUUCAUACAGGGAGAUACGAGAUAAAAAGAGAAGGAGGAGAAGAAGGAGAUAGUCCUGGGGAGAACCUAACAGACCCGGACUGUGUGGAUUUACGAGCUAAUCAGGUGGAGAACCUCCAGGAACCAGAACGUUUCCAAGUGGAGAACUUACACGACCUGGUCUGGAGAAUUUACAGAAUCAUCAGGUGGAGAACGUGAAGAACUUCUUCUAAACUAGAAGGUUAAAAACCUACAGAACCUACCUUAAAGGACGUACGAGAAGAACAUCAUCAUUAGGUGUAGAACCAACAAGUGUGCUCCAAAGUAUUCACGCAAAAACCUUGAGGAACCUGUUUUGAAGGACUUAGAACCAGAACAUUACAAAGUGGAGAACUUACGUGAACGUGAGGAACCUCUUCUGAACUACAGGGUUAAAAACCUACGGAACCUACCUUAAAGGACGUACGAGAAGAACAUCAUCAUCAUCAUCAUCAUCAUCAUCAGGUGUAGAAGCAACAAGUGUGCUCCAAAGUAUUCACGCAAAAACCUGAGAAACCUUUUUGAAGGAACCAGAACGUUACCAGGUGGAGAACUUAAGCGACCUGGUCUGGAGGAUUUACAGAAUCAUCAGGUAAAGAAUGUGAGGAACUUCUUCUAAACUAGAAGGUUGGAAGCGUACGGAACCUACCUUAAAGGACGUACAAGAAGAAGAACAUUGUUAUCAUCAGGUGGAUAACUUGAGGAACGUCUUCUAAACUAGAACGUCACAAGCUGAGGAACGUUACCAAGUGGAGAACUUACAAGGCCUGGUUUAGAGGAUUUACAGAAUCAUCACUUGGAGAACGUGAGGAACCUCUUGUAAACUAGGUUGAAAACCUACAGAGCCUACCUUAAAGGACGUACAAGAACAUCAUCAUCAUCAUCAUUAGUUGUAGAACAAACAAGUGUGCUCCAAAGUAUUCACACGAAAACCUGAGGAACCUAUUUUGAAUGAACCGGAACGUUACCAGGUGGAGAACUUACACGACCUGGUCUGGAGGAUUUACAGAACUAUCAGAUGGAGAACGUGAAGAACUUCUGAACUAGAAGGUUAACAACCUACGGAACCUACCUUAAAGGACGUACGAGAAGAACAUCAUCAUCAGGUGUAGAAGCAGCAAGUGUGCUCCAAAGUAUUCACACGGAAACCUGAGGAACCUGUUUUGAAAAACGUAGAAGAAUUUCAUCACCUGGUGGAGAACGUGAAGGAGAAUUUAAGAUCAUCAGGUGGAUAACGUGAAGAAGCCGGUUUGAGAGCGUACCGUGGUGUGAAGAACGUAGCAGGCCUGUCUGCGGAGGUGAAAAACCCAGACGUUCUUGUCCUUGAGGUCUUCGCUGGAAUGUGAAGUAGAAGCACAACAUUAGAUCAGAAGAAUAACAAGAAUCCAGAGAGGAACACCUGAAGCACCAAUCAGAAGAAGAUCGGAACUGGAAAGCCAAGGACGGGCGGCGGUUCGGAGGACGUUAACGUGGAUUAGACUCCGGCGGAGAACCCGAGGAGCUCAUGUUGUAGGACCUCAGGAGCGCAGAACCCAGGGAGGUCGGUUUGGAGAACUUCAAGAGGACGAGGAGAAGAAGAAGAAGCGGGAGUGAAGCAUGGGCUGUGCUUCCAGCAUCCGUAUCUCGGAUAGGGUGGUGUAUCACAGUGGUAAAGAGUCAGAGGACUGCCCACCCCACUCGCCCCCGCAGGGCAACAACACCCUCAACUGCCCAAUCAAGUCCUCCGACUACCAGAGCUCACUGGCCGAGGUGCAGUUUGGACCAAUGAAGUUGUAUGAAGAUCAGAUUCAGGUACUGUUGGUGUUCGGGAGAGAGGACAGUCAGAGCGGUGGUUUCAGCAGUGCGUGUGAGAGGGUGAAUUUCCGGCUGAGCGUGGCUCGUACCCCCGACGUGGCGCUCCACUGCUUCAUAGAGAAGCAUCAUGACAUCAUCAUCAUCGACCACAGACAUUCCAGAUACUUCAACGCUGAGCAGCUCUGUCGAUCGAUCAGAGCGCUCGGCUCCUCUCAGAACACUGUUAUAGUAGCUGUAGUCAAGAGGCCGGAUCGUGAAGAAGCCACUGUGAUGCCUCUGCUCUCUGCAGGAUUUAACCGGCGCUUUAUAGAGAACUCGAAUGUAAUGGCCUGCUACAACGAGCUGAUCCAGCUACACCACGGCGAGAUCCGAGCACAGAUCAAACUCAGAGCCUGUAAUGCUAUUUUUACAGCACUGGAACAGAGUCAGGAUGCCAUCGAGAUCAGCAACGAGGAUCAGCUACUGCAGUAUGUGAACCCGGCGUACGAGAGCGUUAUGGGGUACCAGCACGGUGAGCUGAUGACCAAGGAGAACCUCGAAGUGCCUAAAAGUGAGAAGAACAAACCCGACCUGCUGGAGAGCAUCAACUCCUGCAUCCGCAAGGGCAAGGAAUGGCAGGGUUUAUAUUACGCCAAAAAGAAGAACGGUGAGAGUGUUCAGCAGAAUGUGAAGAUCACUCCUGUCAUCGGGCAGGGAGGUAAAGUCAGACACUAUGUGUCUAUAAACAGGCCUUUAAACGACAAUAACAAGUCGGACCGGUCGAGUGAGCGGGUUCAGGCUGAAUCACAGACAGAUAUCCAGUCCAGUAAACAUAAGGACCGGAGGAAAGGAUCGCUGGACGUCCGCUCCACCACAUCACGAGGAAGUGACGGAAGUUCUCAGAGACGACACUCGUCCAUGGCUAGAAUUCACUCCAUGACCAUAGAGGCUCCCAUCACCAAGGUGAUUAACAUCAUUAACGCGGCGCAGGAGAGCAGCCCUGUACCUGUAGCUGAAGCUCUGGACCGGGUGCUGGAGAUCCUCCGGACCACCGAGCUCUACUCUCCUCAACUCGCCACCAAGGACGAGGACCCUCACACCAACGACCUCGUGGGGGGGCUGAUGACGGACGGGUUGAGGAGGUUAUCAGGGAACGAGUACAUCUUCUCAGCCAAACAGCCUCAUCACAUCCCGAGUCACCUGACCACGCCCCUGUCCCUGAACGAUAUCCCGCCCCGCGUAGCACAGACCAUGGAGAACGAGGAAUCCUGGGACUUCGACAUCUUCAGCCUGGAGGCAGCGACCCUGAAACGGCCGCUGACGUACCUGGGGUUGAAGAUCUUCUCCAGGUUCGGGGUGUGUGAGUUCCUGAACUGUUCGGAGGUGACGCUGCGCUCCUGGCUGCAGGUGAUCGAGGCCAAUUAUCACGCCAGCAACUCCUACCACAACUCCACCCACGCCGCCGACGUCCUGCACGCCACCGCCUACUUCCUGUGCAAGGAGCGCGUCAAGCAAAGUCUGGAUCAGAUAGACGAGGUCGCCGCCCUGAUCGCGGCCACGGUUCACGACGUCGACCACCCCGGCCGAACGAACUCCUUCCUGUGUAACGCAGGAAGUGACCUCGCCAUCCUGUACAACGACACGGCCGUGCUAGAGAGUCACCACGCCGCUCUGGCCUUCCAGCUGAGCACCCGCGAUGAUAAGAACAACAUCUUCAAGAACAUGGAGAGGAAUGAGUACCGGACGUUGAGGCAGGCCAUUAUCGACAUGGUUCUUGCUACAGAAAUGACGAAACACUUCGAACACGUCAACAAGUUCGUCAACAGCAUCAACAAACCGCUCGCCGCCCUGGAGGAGAACGGGGGACACGGUGAGGAGGAGCUGAAGGGGAUCCUCAGUGUAACAGAGAACAGGAUGUUGGUGAAGAGGAUGCUGAUUAAAUGCGCUGAUAUAUCGAACCCGUGCCGGCCGCUGCAGCUCUGUGUUGAGUGGGCGGGGCGUAUUUCUGAGGAGUACUUUGCUCAGACGGAUGAGGAGAAGAGACAGGGGUUGCCGGUGGUGAUGCCGGUGUUUGACCGGAACACCUGCAGUAUUCCCAAAUCCCAGAUCUCCUUCAUCGACUACUUCAUCACUGACAUGUUCGACGCCUGGGACGCUUUUGCCGAUCUGCCGAAUCUGAUGCAGCACUUGGACAACAACUUUAAAUAUUGGAAAAGUCUGGACGAGCGCAAACUACAUACCCUGAGACCCCCGCCGGAGUAACACACACACACACACACACACACACACACACACACACACACUUGGGCUCUGGAUGAUCUGACGGUGAGACUCGGCGCCUCCUGCUGGUGGAUGUGAACACACACUCAGACUACAUGCGAGGCCUUCUGCACACGGCUCCAGUGUGUGUGUGUGUGUGUGUGUGUGUGUGUGUGUGUGUGUGUGUGUGUGUGUGUGUGAGAAAUGAAACACUAACCCCGCCCCUCUGCCCCGCCCGUGCGUCCGUGUGUGUGUGUGUGUUGGAUUCGAGUGUCCAGAUAUUUUUGCUCUUCCUCUUUAGCUACACUAAUUAAACUGAUCGAUUUUCUAA